AUGGAUGAUGAGGAGAUCACAGAACUAUUCACUGAUAGGGUCCAAACAAUGAGAAUGAAUUACUAUCCUCCAUGCCCACAGCCAGAUAUGGCCAUUGGCUUCACUUCUCACUCUGAUGCAGUUGCCCUAACAAUUCUCUUUCAGCUCAAUGAAACUGAGGGCCUCCUGAUUAGGAAAGAUGGGAAAUGGAUUGUGAACAAUGGUCUGUAUAGGAGCAUUGAGCACAGAGCAACAGUGAACUCAACCAAAGAGAGGCUCUCCAUUGCACCAUUCUACAGCUCCAACCUACACUCACAACUGGGGCCUGCACCAUUCUACAUCACCCUGCAGUUUUUCGACAAGUCCCCAUUGAAGAGUAUUUGA